AAAGCGCAGGAGCUCCGGCAGCCCGUGCCACUAGCGUUUUCACGCGAGAGAAGGACGCGGCGCUCCCGCUGAGCUGCCAGUGAAGUCAUGCAGACUCGUGCAGCACUUUCAAAGCGAGUUAUUCAGAGCUUACUAUAAGAGUGUGAGGCGGAAUAAGGCGAAGCUGAUAUUCCUCGAGCGCUCUGAAGCAGAACAACUUUUAGAAACAUCAAACGGCACAAGUUCUCCUGAAUCUGAGUACCAUGGCAUCGGUCCCCAGCAGCCAAGUCAAAUGCAAGUUCAAGAGGAGGAGGAGAAGGUCAAAGCGAAAAGAGAAGAUGAACAUGUUGUCUGCACUGAUCGCCCCCUUCAAGUACAUGAGCCCAGCAGCCAAUAGCACAGAAGACGAGGACACAUCGAGCACCAGCAGUGCUGAAGUCAAGGAGAACCGAAACACGGGAAAUCUCGAAGAUUGUGCCAUUGUACCGUCAGACUGCCAAACACUCUUCCUGUCUGAUUCACCCAGGGACAGGGCGUCUGGCCUCAAGCGAAAACGUCCAUUAGAGGAGGACAAUAACGGACACUUGUGCAAAUUGCGGCUGUGCUGCAAGAAACUUACAUGGUCCGAUGCACCAAAGAACGCUCUGGUUCAGUUGAACGAGCUUAGACCGGGCCUGCAGUACCGGAUGGUCUCACAGACGGGACCGGUACAUGCACCACUUUUCUCCAUCGCUGUAGAGGUCAACGGAUUCACGUUUGAGGGUACUGGGCCUACAAAAAAGAAGGCUAAGAUGAAAGUGGCCGAGAUGGCCCUCAAAUCCUUUAUCCAGUUUCCCAACGCCUCACAAGCUCACUUGGCCAUGGGCAGCUUGAGUAACCCUGCCACCGAUUUCACCUCGGAUCAGGCCGAUUUCCCGGAUACACUAUUCAAAGGCUUUGAGCCUGACGGCUGCCGCUCUGCAGAGAGCGAGCUGCUUUCCAGCGCACUCCGACUACGCCACACCUUGGACUUGAUGGUUGUACAGGCCAGACAAGGAGAUCCCUGCCUACCCCCACCUCCCGCUCCAACUCUGCCGCCCCAACCCAGCCCUGUUGUCUUGCUCAAUGACCUGCGGCCCGGCCUGCGAUACGCCUGCCUGUCAGAACGUGCCCAGGGCAAGCAGGCGCGACACAGCUUUGUCAUGGCUGUGCGAGUGGAUGGAAGGAUAUUCGAAGGCUCGGGUCGCAGCAAGAAGCAGGCAAAGAGGCAAGCAGCUUUGUCCGCCCUGCAGGCUCUCUUCAACAUCAGACUGGCACCUGAGGUGAGAGCGGGACACCGGCCCAGCAGGAUAAAGUGCCCUCAUUUGCCCCAGGUGAGUGUGCCAGUUCAGCCGUUGGCAGCCCACUCGUUCCAUACGGCGGACCUUAAUAACCAGAGCAGCAGGAAUGCUGGGAUAAUGAACAGCCAGCCAAGACUUAAUUAAGAGGGAGGAGAUAAUGUUUGGGGAGGCAUGGGGCAGUACAGAUAGAUUAUAGGAGAGAGGUUAGGCUGUAUAGCCAAAUGAAAGGUGGAACCGUUUUGUGUUAGCACACUGGCUUUAACAUUUACUUUGGGCAGGACAGGGUGGCAUAUCUAGUGUAAACACACACAUGUGUGUGUACUCA